AUGUUAUCCACAUUAAAUUCUAACGUUUUGGAUUGUGAGCUAGUGAAUAAGAAGCGUAAGCGUGUUGGUCAUUCUGCUUCGUUUUAUGUGUCGUUAAAAACAUGGUAUAAGAUUGUUAUUUUAUAUACAAUAACACUUUGAUAUAUUACAAAUCGAUUAUGUGUGUUAAAUAUAUAAACUCUAGUAUGUUAUUAUAAAUAUGUAUAUAAAAUAAAUUCGUAUCUCGCAUUGCGUUUAUUAUAGGGUUCUCUUGAAUUAUCGUCCAUCUAUAAAUCUCGAUGCAUUUUGUUUUCGUGACGAUAUUUUAAAACAUGCAUUAGCUGAAAGUGAGAACAUUUUAGUCGAUAAAGACGACUUGAUUACGCGCAAGAUCGUGUGCCAAACAAUUAGUGAAUUAUUUAUGUCCAGCAAGGCUUGUGUUGUUAAAGCAAAACAGUCAAGCCGAGUAUAUCCUUCGUUCGAUAAACCAAGACGUGCGUGGGGCUACAUUAAUUUAGAAAGAAAACAACCAGUUGAAAUGAGGGGAUGCUUAACUGUUGACGAUGAAUGGCAGCAGUUAACGACAGCGAUUUCGUCUGUUGCGGCCGAGUACAACUGGCAUGCGAGCAUAAACAUUAAGGGGUUUUCCCUCAGUUGCAUCAAGCAUGAGAACGUGAGUUUCAAUGGUCAGAGAGUCCUCACUGAAAUAAUAUUCUCGAGAAUUGAUCAGCACAACAAAAUCGAUUUGAAAGUAAAACGUCACGCGGGGUAUAUCGAUAUUACAGAUAUUGAAAAUAAAACUGCAGAUAUGUCUAUUAUGGAAAAAGUUCGUUUCGUGAUUUCAUUGCUUUCCAAAUCACCAUUGUGCAUGGGAUUGGAAGAUGACGGCAUAGAAAAUUUCAACAUCCAGCACAACAGUUAUGUUGUCAAAAAUCUUGUGGAUAUAACUGCUUCUGAAGAAUGUAAAAUUUACUCCACUAAAUGCAAGAUGUUUACAAAUGUUCCUGGAAAAAUCUGUUCGUCAUGUAAAAAUUUAGAAAAAUGUAUCGCGCAUGCCAAAACAAGGUUAACAAAAAGAGAAGAAAAUAUAAACAUACAUUCACACUUCAACCAUCGAUACAUGACCCAGGGAGAAAUUGUCAAAAAGCUUGAUAUGCAGAAAGCUGCAAGGAUUCAACAAGAAAUGAUCAACGCUGAACGAGAGUUGAUAGACAUGUCAAAGGAUGAUCACCAGGACCUGAUUGAGUUGUUCAAGCAGGCCAAUUCUAAAGAUAUCCCUGAAGAUAUGGCUGUUUUGUGGGACCAACAGCAGCAACUUUUGGGUACAGAUUCAAGUAGAGGAUAUAGAUGGCAUCCCAGGUAUUAG